AUGGAAAACAUGACGCGCGACGACGACCCGCACUACUUCCUCUACCUCUUCGACACCGUCUUCCUCGUCGACGACUCCACGUCGAUGCUCGGCCCGCGCUGGCGCGAGGUCCGGUCGGCGCUGCGCCAGAUCACGCCCGUGUGCACGAGCCACGACGACGACGGCAUCGACAUUCACUUUAUGAACCACCGCUCGUCCGAGAACACUACCACCAACAACAACAACAACAGCGACGAUGGUAUCUCAUCCCAAAGCGGCGGCGGCAUGGCCCGCGGCAAGGCGCGCGGCGGGUACUACAACAUCACCGACCCCCUCGCCGUCGACGCCCUCUUCCAGCGCCUGCGCCCGUGCGGCCCGACACACACGCGCGGCCGCAUCGAGGACAUCCUCGAGCCGUACUUCACGCAGCUCGAAAGCGCAGAGAACGUGCAGGACGUGCGACCCCUCAACCUCAUCGUCAUCACAGACGGCAUGCCCGGCCCCUGCCCACGACAUGUCAACUUCUCCGGCAGCGGCUUCGGCAGCGGCUUCAACGGUAACGGCGAGGCGGCGCCGCACAACCCACACCUGCCCGACCCGGCCAUCGUGCGGUACGCCCGGCGCCUCGACGAGCUCCGCGCCCCCGCGUGGCAGGUCGGCGUGCAGUUCUUCCAGGUGGGCGACGACGCGGCGGCGACGGCCUCGCUGCGCGGCCUGGACGACGGGCUGGCGCGCCGGCACGGCGUGCGCGACAUUGUCGACACGCUCAAGUUUGGCGACGACGACUACAAGACGCUCACGGCCGAGGAGAUCCUCAAGGCGGUGCUGGGCGCGGUGAGCAGGCGCCUGGAUAACCAGAGCUGCGAGCUGCCAGUAUAUGGUAUAUGA